CAGGCAGAGAGGGAGCUGGCGGUCUGGUGGCCUUGCAUAACACGCGUUGGAGCAGCCCUGAACGCAGGACUUGGUGUUAGCUUCAGCAGGGGGGAACUUCCUUCACCGCCAGCCCGUUGCAGGGGCUGCGUAGCCCCGAUACCGGAGAGGGAGGCAGAGCUGGAGCAGCUACAGCACAGGCUCAAGGAGAGGAGAGCGGCACAAAGGAGAGAUUCAGGAAGAGGAAUCCUAGGAAACACGUCUCCAACACACACACACACACACACACACACACACACUGAGAGGCAGGAAGAAUCCUUGGACAUGCUCUGCAAGCAGUGGCUGUGGAGAGACUGCUCUGCUGAUCUCCCCCCUUUGUUACAUCUGGUGGAUCUACCAGUCUGUAUGGUUAGAUGAACUGCACGGAGGUUUUCGCUGCUUUUGGAUGCAGUGACCUUGUCAAAGCCAGCAUUAGAGAUUCCUGCCGACUUCGUGGAAGAGGUGGAUCGGUCAGAGAUGAUUCCUCAUGAAGUCUAUGGAGCUCAUUUUGUGAGCUGGAGUGCCUCCAUCUUCUCUGGUCUGAGACCUGGAGCUGACUCCCAGUGAACACAAAGAGAGCCAGAGCUACUCAGCACACAGAGAGGCUCAUCGCUGCACAUAAACAAGACGGAUCCAGAUCUAAAAGAACUUUGAAUUGCAGCUGGGAAUAUUAAAACUACGCUGGCACAAUGAAAUCCAACCAGGAGCGGAGUAAUGGAUGCCUGCCUCCUAAGAAGCGAGAGAUCCUGGCUCUGGAGCAGAGGCCUGUGGUGGUGGCCACAGCAUCACCUCCAGCUGCAGUAGUUACUGACAGUCCCCACACAGAGAACCUAGCGUGGCUAGCUAGUGUAGCCAGUGAACGCUGCAAAUCCAGAGACGCAGAGAGUCCCAGGUGUCCCAUCUCCUCCACCUCCUCCUCCUCUCCUUCCACUUCUCUCCCCUCCUCGGUCACUCCUCUGUCUGCGGUGCCUCUGGCCUCUCUGCCUACAGUUUACCCCACGGCCCUCCCCCAGCAGGCCGGGACCAUCCAGUUUGCCCAGCUCGGACCGAAUGUUCAGUUCAUCAGCUCUGGGCCCUAUGCUGGCUACAUCUCCUCUCACAUCAUCUCCGCCAAUGCUGGCUCGGCACCCAACAGCUCCGCCAUGGGACAGCGCCCCCAGCUGGACGGUUACACCACCGCCCUCAUCUCCCCCAACACCAAAGGAGAGCAGCAGUUUCAGAUAGGCCUCUCCCCGACGGAGCUGACUCCUGUGUCGCUCCCCAGCUCUCCCCAAGUCACCAGCCAGUACAUUCACCUGGACAGCAGGACUCCUCUGGCCGUUAGCGGAAACGCCGUGACGUCACCCACAGCCCACCUCCAGCUCCACCCUCACACCGCCGUCCUCCCUCAGACGCUCACCCUCGCUCCCUCCCAGCUGGUGGUCCAGUAUGCAGAUGGUUCAGUUGCAAAGAAACCAGAAGGGCAUGCUAAGGGUAUGCUGAACGGAGAACUGGAGGUGAUUAAACAGACUAAAACUCACAGUCCUCAUGUCAACCAUCAGCAGGUGCAGAGCUACGAGGCCAGACAUAUCCUCCUGCCUGCAGACUACGGCCAGAACCCUGCAGGACUCCAGACCUCCUUGGUGCUGUUGGCCCAGCCCAACCAUGGAGCUGAACGUGAUACUGGCUCAAAUAAGAUCUCCUUUGUCCAGACUGAAAAAGGAGGCAUCUGUUUGGGAAAACCGGUGUCCAGGUCUUCGUCAUUUACCUCCCUCGCUCCCUCAGAUGUGGUUAAAUCUGUUGCUCCUCAUACAGUCAUUCAGACCACGCUACCCCACGAGGAGCUGCCAGCCAGUCUCUACUCCUCCACACAGCCACCCAUCAUUGGCUACAUCACCAGUGCAAACCAGCAUGCUGUCAGCUACCACGCAGCGCUGCCUCAGCACCUGGUCAUCCCGAGCGGCCAGUCCCUCCUCAUCCCAGUCAGCGGCACCAACAACGGCACAGAAACUGAGGUCAGUCGUGCCGUCGGCGCCCUGACAGCCACAACUACUCCCCAAAUAUCCACCGCCAUGCCGCACGCCUAUCUGGCCACAGCCCUGUCCAAGUGUGAGGCGCUCGGGCCAGAUGGAAAUCAACCACCCCCUGCUGUUGCACAGGCACCGGCUAUGCCAGUUCUGCCCUCAAACCCGGCUCCCGUAGUGGUGGCAGCUCCCUCCCCGACUCCUGCUCCUGUCCCCAGUCCCGCCCCUGUUUCCAUCCAAGCCUCACACUCCAUUUCAUCCUCCUCUUCCCCCGUGGCGCUUCCUCCCUUCUUCAUGCGAGGCUCGAUCAUCCAGCUGGCUGACGGGGAGCUGAAGCGUGUGGAGGACCUGAAGACGGAGGACUUCAUCCAGAGUGCUGAGAUCAGCAGCGAGCUGAAAAUUGACUCGAGCACUGUUGAGCGUAUUGACAGCGGACAGAGUCCUAAUGCUGUGGUCAUACAGUUUUCAGUGGGAGAGCUCAAAGCCCAGGUGUGUGUGGAGGUGCUGGUGGAGUAUCCCUUCUUUGUUUUCGGCCAGGGCUGGUCGUCCUGCUGCCCAGACAGGACCACCCAGCUGUUUGAGCUGUCGUGCGCUAAGCUGUGUGUGGGCGAUGUGUGCGUGUCGCUGACCCUCCGCGGCUUGAGGACCACUUCAGUAACAGACAGCCAGGCUAUGGGGACCAAGCUGAAGACUGGUCACCUCUCUGACUCCUGUCACAGUGUGGAUGCCUCAGUAAGGAACAGUACCACUCCAAACUCUGCAGGCAGAAACGGCGGCCUCCUCAUGAAGGCUUCCAGUGCAGACAGGCUGGAGAGGGAGCAGGUGACUGGACCAGGACCAGGAGCAGAGCUACCACCAGGAAUGGGAAUAGUUCCAGGACCAGGGGAGGUGAUCUACGGGGCUGGACCAGUGCUGACAGUCUCUGGGACUGGAGAACUGAGACAGGAAUCAGUGAAAACAGACAUGCCUGCUCUUACCAAAAUACAAUGUGGUGAUCCAGAGCGACCCACAUCCCGCAAGAGACGCUGGUCAGCUCCAGAACGAGACCAGACUGAGAGAGUGGAGGAGGAGCCUCCUCUGACUCUGCCCAAACCCUCCUUCAUCCCUCAGGAGGUUAAAAUCAGCAUAGAGGGCCACUCCAGUACUGGGAGUGAAAGGUGCUUGAACAAAAGAAUAGAUUGUUGAGAGAACUUUAAGGAACUUUGAUUACCUGUGGUUUGCUUUGUGUUUAUCCCCUCUCUUUCCUCUCUAUCCAGACUACUGUAAUAUAGGCCGAGUUUACACAGUAUUUACAUGUUUUUUCUUUUCUUUUACCCAAGUCUGAUAUCUAUGAUGAAGUACAGUAGAGCACCUUCACACACGAGAUCAGUGCAAUCAAUGCUGAAAGCAAAAAUGAAUGCAGCGUGAAUGUUGAGUAUGAAUGGCAGUCAGACAGACUGAGAGACAGCUGACUGGCGCGUCACAUAUCGUAAGCUGGAUCUCCUUUGUCACGUGGCUGAGACCUGUUGGAUGAAACCAAGUGACCAUUUUCUCUUAUCACAUGAACAAGCACAGACCCCGAUGUCAGCGUGUACAGAGUGGGUAACCAUAUCUUGACUCUCAUCCUGUUUGUUUACUUGGUGUGUAGUGACACUUAUGAGUGGUUGGAGUCAAAGAGAGACCUUUUGGUGUUUCAGUGCUCAAUCAUCAGCUGUGAUCUCUGCUGCCUUGUGUAUCUCAUGCUUUAGUAUUCUUUCUUUUUGGUUGAUUUUAAUGUAAUUUCAUACCAUUGCAGAUGUGUGCACUGCUGCAGGUGACCUUGUGCCACUUGUCUCUGUGUGUGUGUGUGUGUGUGUGUGUGUGUGUGUGUGUGUCUGUGUCUGUGUCUGUGUGUGUCUCUGUGUGUGUGUCAGACAGAGCAGAGAUUUAAGGUCUGAUUGUGUGGCUGUAGCUUCAGUACAACCUGCUAAUAUCAAGACUAAAAAGGCCUGAAUGUAAAUUACUGAAUUAGUCUAGUCUGCAACAAUAUUGAAUUUAGUACCUCUGCCUUUGAAAUGUGAGGGUGACAGCAGUUGCACGAAGGUGCAUUUCAAUGAUAAAGUUCCUCUGAUGUCAAAUUUACCUUGAUGAUUUAUAAGUCUCAUAAUUCUGCUAUGCUAUGUGCAGCAUUGUAAUUAUGUACUAAUAAGAAAAAUCAAGGUUUUUCUAUAUUAUACCUUCAGAUGAGUUUUUAUAUGGACUCAUACUACAAUAUAAACCCUAGUUGGCUAACUUAAUUUAGCUUCUGGCCACACGGGGGCAGUGCAGAAACUAAACACAACACUGACACAUUACCUUCUUAAUGUGAUAAUGCAGACUGAGAAAGCUAUUGAGUAAUUACACAUCCAGCAGAUACAGACCAUCUUUCAUUUGGAUACAUGUUUCAUUGGUCUGAAACAUUUAAGUCCAGUUUGUUACGCAUUGAUGAAAAAUACUACCUUCCCAUUCUACCUUUUUUGCUUUCUUUAGAGAAACUAUGGCCUUAGAUUAAUGCACCUAGUUCACAGCAGCACAUGGUUUUUAGGAUUUGAUGGUAUGCCUUUUUGAAGUCCAUACCUGUUAUAUCAGAGUACGGCUGUUUUAAUGAGAACAGCUUUGUUUCUCUUACAUCCGUGUACAUUUACAUCCUUUCUUUCUUAGAGUAGAGCCAAAAUAAAUAUCCUACAGUUCAUACUCAGGAACAGUGUGUAUCUGUAUGUUUGUGUGUGUGUGUGUGUGUGUGUGUGUGUGUGUGUGUGUGUGUGUGUGUUUGUGUGUGUGUUUUUUGAGCAGCAGCACUUUGAUGAAGCAUCCAGCAGGAGUGUGUUAGUAGUAGUGGUGGUGGUGGUGGUGGUGAUCCUGUUCAUCAGCUGUUAGAUAUAAUCAACUGACUGUUUUUCAUCUGUCCUACAGGUUUAUCAUUGAGAGAAAACAUUAUAUACCAGGGCAGGGAAUGUAAACACACAUCGGGCAAAACUAUCUCAACUUUAUUUUUGAUGACUGAUAGAGCUACUUUACAGAGAAAGAAAGAAAGAGCCAGCGAGAGUUGAUCAUGUACAGUAAAUUGUAUCCUAGAGUGUAUGUACAGUGUGUGUAUAGAUAUUCUAACCCUUAUGUAGCCUACGUAUGUACUGUAUGUGCCACAGCGCCUCCUUCUUCAAUCAUUCCAUGAACUCACCAAUAUCAAGUGGUCCUGCUAUUGUUUUUGUCAGUUUCAGGUAUUGAUCUAAUGUUCAUGAAUGUGCUACAGUUCUUUGGGAACAUCUUCAUACAUUUGGCCGCCUCAGAAUUUGACUUGCACACUGUAACAUGCAGUAUGUGUGAAUAUGAACUGCAGUUUAUCAUAAAAGCCAUUAUCCUUUUAUAACUCCUGAGAGGUGUUUAUUGUAAACCCAGUAACUAGACUGUUUUUCUUCUGUUUGUGUUUGACUGCUCAGGCUAAACACUGCCCAGUGACUGUUCUUCUCCAAAAUGAUGUGGUCUUAUAUUCUUCACUGUUACCAAGUAGAGGUACUGUUUCAUUAGUUUGUCUCUGUAGCGAUUUUCCUCCCUUGUGAGCCUGGCCUGUGUCUGUAUUUUUAUUUUUUAAGAAAUUGAUAUUUUUUAAAUACAGACCUGAAAUGACAGCAUAACACAGACACAUCUGUGAAAUGUAAGACUGAUGCUUAAAAUAGUAAUUUCACAUUUUGGGGAAAUACUGUUAUUAGUUGUCUUGCUUUGAGUUGGGUAAGAUGAUUAAUACGACUCUUUGUACAAUAAAUAAGAGGCUACAACCAGCAGCCAGUUAGCUUAGCUUAGCACAAAGAAUGGAAACAAGGGGAAACAGCUAGCGUGGCUCCGUCCAAAGGUAACAACAUCUACAAACUCACUAAUUAACACGUAAUCCGAGGAGUAAAAACAUCACAUUGUGGUUUUACAGAUGGGUUGUGUGUCAGACUAUUUCUUGGCUGGACGCAAAAACUUCUGAAGUUUGUCAGGCAACUAGACUUCAGGAAAUAGUCUAGCACAUUCCAACCUAUGAAAGCCACAAGGAAUUGUCAUUACAUCUCAGCCUUUGAACAGAUUAAACAAACAUACGCUAACAUGUAACCAGGCGGUUUCCCCAUUAUUCAGCGUUUGGCCAGUGGCCCUGCGUGUUUAACCACAAUCGCUCAAAAAGUAGAAAGAGUAAAAGAUUGUGUGUAGGUUGCUGAGGAAACAAACCAAACCAAGACAGGACUUUCAACUAGGAUACAGCUGUUUGUGUCCCAUGUGAAACCAUAAAUCACCU